UGAAAAAAUUAACGAUCAAAAAGUUAACCGGGAUAAAAAUCGUCGUUUUGUAAAAAUUUACAAAAAAAUGUGGCGAAGCUAACGAACGACAAAAUAUGCGACCAAAAGAUCGAACUGGCGUCACAUGCGAGCGUAUAUUGAAUGCAGCGUUGUCAAACCUUACUGAUCCAUUCGUCGUGUAUAAUCCGAAUGAUUUCUCAUCAGAUAUUUUUUCAUAUUUCAGCCGAUUUUCAAUGCAAAAUUCGAGCAGUUUUUUGUGCGUGACUGUGGAACGGGCACACCCAGACACGAUGGAGUCGCUAUUCUCGUAUUUACGAAACGGAGUUUGAUCAAUAACGACCGUUACAUUUCAAUCCUCCCACUGCGCUGCCCUUCGCCCCGUGCUUACAGCUUUUGUAUCAAGCAGACAGGGACAGAGCUGUGGUUACUCCAAAAAAUAUGCCGCUUCCCAAGAAGACGAAAACGGCCACGAAAGUUAAAAAGAAGAAACGAGUCUCGGGAAGCCAGGAACGUCGGGCUACGGAAAAUGCCACGGACGAUGGGGCCUCGAGGAAAGCGGAUCAACACAAUGUCGUACCGGAGGAAACGGCGAAUGUGGGAAAGGCGAGCGGGAAAGCGGCUCCCCAAAUAUCGACGGUCACCGGAGAACCGUUCGGUCCGAAAUAUCGAUACAUCGAUGAGGGACCGGAAGAGCAGACCUCGGACGACGAACCGGCGUCUGACAGCGACGACGAAAUGCGAUUCUCCAAAGAAGACAACCUCGAGCUUCCCUCAGAAUUCUGGCACAUGCAGAAACUGAUUAAGUACACAAAAGCUGGCAAUCAAACGGCGACGACGGUCUCUCUUUGUCUUCUCAGAGACUACGACCUCUCGAGCAGGGCCAUCCAGCGGGCCAUAAGAGAGAUGGGAGGUCUGGAAGUCCUCGUGAAUCUCUUAGAAACGAAGGACUUCAAGUGUCAACACGGUGCGUUGGCAGUACUAUUGACGAUGGCGAGCAGUUCGAUCGAAACGAGGAGAUGCUUGAUCGAUCUCGGGAUAGUCACGCCCCUCAUCGAAAUGCUUAAGCAUCCAGCCCGAAAUAUCCAGAUAUUGGCAGCUGAGACAAUGGCGAGCAUAGCGACUGUGAGAAAAGCGAGAAAACAAAUUCGAGUUCGUUCUGGCAUACCUUUGAUCCUCGACGUCAUGGAUAUUCCUGACAGUGUACUCGGACGAGAACUCGAUCGGUUGAACGAAACGGAACGGGAACUGGUCGCAGUAGCGAUCGGAUGUGCCAAGGUCCUUGGGGCGUUGAGUACCAGUCCAAAAAUCAAGGAAGAACUGCGCAAACACGGUGUCGUUUUUCUCAUGGCACGUUUUUUACGCUCUGUCCAUACGGAUCUCGUCAUAGCUAUCAUGGGUGCGGUACAACGCUGCGCCGAUCUCAAAGUAUUUCGCCUGGCGUUCGAGCAAAUGGGCAUGAUAGCGGACAUCGUUCGCCACUUGCGAACGAACGAUAAUCUCAAGUUGAAGGAAAAUUGUGCCCUCGCGAUAUAUAAAUGUGGCUCGAACAAAUUGACUCGGGACAUGGUUCGGGAAGCCGGUGGUUUGGAUCCAGUCGUAAAACUCGUUGAGAGCGAAGAGAUUCGUGAAAACAAACCACUCCUCGCGGCUGUGACUGGUGCCAUGUGGCAAUGCUCCAUGAGUUCGGAAAACGUUGGACGUUUCAAUCGUCACGAGCUCGUCGGCUCUCUCGUCGGACUUCUCGACGAGAACGAGGACGAGCGUGUUUUGACCAGCGUCGUCGGCUCCCUUGCCGAAUGUUGCAAAGAUCCUGCGAACAGAGAAGUUUUGAGAAGCACCGACGCGCUCCCGAAGCUGAUCAGACUGCUGAGCGUGACGUACGAACCGCUUCUCGAGAAUAUACCUCUCGUGCUGAAAGAAUGCGCUCAGGACGAGGAGUGCAUGAACAUAAUAAACGACCCGAGUCACACGCUGGACGGUGUGAGGCUCGUUUGGUCGCUGCUGAAGCACCCGAGCAACGUCGUCAAGAGAAACGCCUGUUGGGCGCUGGUCCCGUGCAUCAAAUAUGCCAAGGAUUCGGCCGAGAUGGUGCGCGCUUUCGUCGGCGGACUCGAACUGACCGUGAGCCUUCUGGAGAGCCAGGACACCGAGGUCCUCGCAGCGGCGUGCGCGACCAUCGCGCAGAUUGCGACCGAUCCAGAAAACCUUGGAAUCCUUACGGAUCACGGUGUCGUCAAGAUGCUCGCCGAUCUCGUUGAAACGGAAGACGAAGAAUUGCGCGCUAAUCUCACCCUGGCGAUAGCGUUUUGCUGCGAAUGGGGACAAAAUAAUUACGAAUUUGGCCGACUCAAUGCUGUUGCUCCUCUCGUCAGUUAUGCAAACAGCAAAAACAAGGACGUGCUCAAGGGCGUUUGCAUUGCCUUUUAUCACUUGAGCAAAGAACCCCUUAACUGCAUCACCAUGCAUACCUGCGGAGUCAUUAAGCACGUACUGCGACUAGUGGGUUCGGAGGAUCCCGAGGUUCAAAUAGCAGCGGCAACGACGAUUAGAAACAUCCGGAAACUCGCCCUGACCACUGAAAAGUUCCAUCUACGGGAGAUAAACACUCUCAACGAGACGGAUUAUCGUGCAUAGGCGUGUCACGAUCGCAUCGAACAUGCGAUAAGAAUAAAUUCCCUGGCGAUGGCGAUUUGUUUACGCAACCUAGUGAUACUUUUAUCGUGAA